AACCUAGUUAGUUUAGGUAUAAUUUUUUGUUGUUUUUAAUUGAAAAGCGAUGUAUAAUAUAAUAGGUAAUUAUUUAUAGGUAGGUCUAAUAUGAGUAACGAAGACGAAUUUAUGAAGCAGUAUAUGGAGACUUGUAAAGAGCAAAUAGAAAAGUUAGCUAAAGACCCCGAAUUGCUCAAUCAAACUUUAAAGCCAUUUAUGCAAAUGUCACAACAACUUAUGGCUGGUGGUUUGCUAGAUGGAGCUGCACCUAAUGCUAUGAUACCAGAUUCAGGUAGUAUGGAUAUUAAUAAAAUGAUUGCUCAAAUUGAAGGGAUGAUUAAUUACAUCAAAAGCUCUUAUAAAGAAGUGAUUAAGUCAUAUAGUAUACAAGAUGAUAUGAUUAAAAACCUUGAUGAAUCUAGCAGAAAAUUAAGGUCAUUAGUUAAAAAGUUAAUAGAAAAAAUCUCAGAGAAAUAAACAUUAGGGCUCUUAAUACCGUAAUAGUAUAGAGCCCCAAGUGAGCCCUGCACCGAUUGCUAUAAGCAUCACGGUAUUGCCAUGUUUUACUUUUAAUUCCUGUACUCCGCAAUCUAAAGCUAAUGGAAUUGAUGCAGCUGAAGUAUUUGCAUGUUUCUCAACCACAUUGAUAACUUUUUCAAUGGGAAAAUCUAAUUUUUUUGUUACUGACUCAAUAAUACGAAUAUUUGCUUGAUGAGGAAUAAACCAAUCCACAUCACUGAUUUUAAGAUGAUUAUGUUCUAGUGUUUCUUCUAUCACACUUGCUAAUUUAUCUACUGCAUGUUUAAACACCUCUCUUCCGUUCAUGCAUAUUUUUCCUGAAUCAACAGUAGAAGAUACACCACCACUUGUAUGUAGUAUGUCUGUAUUACCAUCAGAGUGCAGGUUAGUUGAUACUAUACCUCUUGUAAAAUUUUCUGGUACCUCAGUUUUAGUGUUAUAUGCUGCA